AUGAAUUGGAGCUGGGUGCUUGUGGCUGUCCUUCUGUCCUGUGGUGGCCUGUCAUGGGGCGAGGAUGGUUUGGACUUCCCUGAAUACGAUGGCGCAGACCGUGUCAUUCAGCUGACUGCCAAGAACUACAAAUCUGUGAUGAAGAAGUACGAUGUGAUGGUUGUGUACUACCACGAGCAUCCCGGAAAAGACCACGGUGCCCAGAAACAGUUUAAGGUCGAGGAACUGGCCCUGGAGCUUGCAGCUCAGGCCCUUGAAGACUUUGAAGAUGAGGAUAUUGGAUUCGGCCUGGUUGAUGAAAAGAAGGGCAGUGUUGUUGCUAAGAAACUAGGGCUUGAGGAGGCCGACAGCGUCUACAUAUUCACAGAGAAUGAGAUAAUUGAGUAUGAUGGAGAGCUUGCAGCAGACACAAUUGUGGAGUUCAUCUUCGAUGUUCUUGAAGACCCAGUUGAGAUCAUUGAGAACCAGAGGGAAGUUAAAGGUUUCCACAACCUUGAGGAGGAUAUCAAACUUGUGGGCUACUUCAAGAGUGAAAAGUCUGAUCAUUUUUUGGCCUAUGUGGAUGCAGCUGAGGAGUUCCACCCACACAUCAAGUUCUUCGCCACAUUCACCCCCAAGGUUGCAAAGUCUCUGGGCCUGAAGGUGAAUGAGGUGGACUUCUAUGAGCCCUUCAUUGAUGAACCAAGAGUCAUCCCUGGAAAACCCUACUCAGAAGACGAGCUUGUUGACUACAUCGAGGAUCAUGACAGACCAACCCUGAGGAAGAUGGAACCAGAUAACAUGUAUGAGAUCUGGGAGGAUGACAUUGAUGGCGAGCAUAUCAUUGCUUUCGCAGAAGAGAGUGAUCCAGAUGGUUUUGAGUUCCUGGAAAUCCUGAAGGAACUAGCAGAGGAGCACAAUGACAAUCCCAUCCUCAGCAUCGUCUGGAUUGACCCUGACGACUUCCCUCUGCUUGUCACAUACUGGGAGAAGACCUUUGAUAUCGACCUGGACUAUCCCCAGAUUGGCGUUGUGGACGUUGAAGAUGCUGACAGUGUAUGGAUGGAUAUCGACCAUGAGGAUGACCUGCCAAGUGUAGAUGAGCUUGAGGAAUGGAUUGAAGAUGUUUUGUCAGAUGAAAUUGAUCCAGAUGAUGACGAUGAUGAUGAUGAUGAUGAUGACGACGAUGAUGAUGACGAUGACGACGACGAUGACGACGAUGAUGAUGACGACGACGACGAUGAUGAUGACGACGACGAUGAUGACGACGAUGAUGACGAUGAUGACGAUGAUGAUGACGAUGACGACGACGAUGAUGAUGACGACGAUGAUGAUGACGACGACGAUGACGACGACGAUGAUGACGACGAUGACGACGAUGAUGAGUAAAUUGUUGAUGUCAUAAUUUAAACAGCCUAUAUUUAAGUCCAGCUAAUGUCUCCUGAUCAAUUAACAUUGUCACCUUCCUCAAAUCUUCCUUAUCCGCUGUUGUAAGUCAUUAGGUCAUUAUCUGUCAGCUCUUAUGGACAUCCUGAUGCUUUCAACAUCAUGGUUCAGAGCAUCUUGACAAAAGAUUAUUCCAUUUCCCAAGCUAUCCUUCCUUUGCUUUGAAUUAAUAAAAAGACAAUACUUUCUCAGAGCCCUUUUAUACACACCUGUAACUUUGCCAUCCCGUAAAUAUAAUUUGAAAAGGAAAACAUGCUAAAUUGAUUUAACUAUUGGAUGUUCACAAGCACUCAACUUUAAAACCUCUAAUUGUUUUAAUGUCUAUAUUUAAUUUCCAGGCAAAAAGAGGGGUUAUUCUGUUGAUGCAUUUAAAGUCUGUAAACGGCAUUUGAAUGUAUUCUUUUUUUGGUGUAUUUUCGCUGGAAUAAACAUUUCCCCCUCUCCCAAAUUGUAAAAUCAAAUGGUGCAUAUAGGCUCUUCCUACAGGUCAUGGGUAAUACUGCCUACUCUGUUAAAUUAUUGUAAGUUUACUUGAAAAGAGUGUUAAGCUUUUUUCGUGUUGUGCACUGAAAAGUGCUGUAAAUCACCUGGAUGUUUUCUACUGAUGAAGAAAUAUAACAACAACAGUAUUCUAUUUUUUUAACAACAAAAUGUAUACAUACUGUAAAGUCUUAAAAAUAAAUGAUAGCUUGGAAAGAGAUUAAUAAAUUUA